AGUUUCUCCCAUCAAUCUUCCAUCCGAAGCAAUGAAGUAGGUGUCCUAACGAUAAAAUUGUAAGGGCAUUUUCGUCCAAACAAAUAGAAAAGAUGCAAUUACGCAUGGGCCAUGGGGCACGAGAGGCUUCUGUUUUCUGGAGCGUUCCCUCCUCCAUUCAAUCUCUUUCUGAAACCGUCGAGGCCGAAAUGCCAAAGAUCUGCUUGAAUAAAUUUUGAAUCUGUAUAAAUAUUCAAAUUUCCUUCUCUCUUUCUCUUCCUCUUUCUCUCUCUCGGUCUCUCUCUCUCUCUCUCUCUCUCUCUAGAACAGAAGCAAAGAAGGAGAGACAAUAUGUUAUGCUUCGGAUCAAAGCCGUUUUCUUCUUCUUUUCUUCUGAUUCUGCUUUCCCUUUUGCUAUGCUCAACAUUCUUCACCUUCUCCCAUGGCAGCUCUAAUGUUCAAAAUCUCCAGCCUACGCGUGCUUUUCCUGAGCUUGUCGAGGAGAGGGAGCAAAAUGGGUUUGUUCCAUGGGUACGAAGAAGGUCUCUGGCUGAAACUGGUAACAGCUCGGAGCUGAUUUUGGCUGAGAAGGGAACGUACAGGAAAGACCCCACUGAUGGGUUCAAGCGCUACACGGGAGGUUGGAAUAUCAGCAAUCAGCAUUACUGGGCUUCAGUUGGUUUCACAGCAGUUCCCCUGUUCUUUAUCGCUGCGAUCUGGUUUGUUGCAUUUGGACUAUGUCUGUCCCUCAUCUGUCUCUGUUACUGCUGUUGCAGUCGAGAGCCUUAUGGCUAUUCCCGAACAGCUUAUGCCCUCGCCCUUAUUUUCCUCAUAGUUUUCACCAUUGCUGCUAUUGCUGGAUGUGUGGUCCUCUACACCGGCCAGGGGAAGUUCCAUACUAGUACAACAGACACCUUGGAUUAUGUUGUGCACAAGGCAAGUACAACUGUUGAUAAUCUUAGGAGUGUCUCGGGCUAUCUUUCUGCUGCCAAGAAGGUUGGAGUUGAUCAGGUUACUUUAGCUGACAAUAUUCAGUCGAACAUUGACAAUAUCCAAAAGAAGAUAAAUACUUCCGCUAAUACUCUUUCUGAACGGACAAAAAAAAAUUCAAGAGACAUACAGCAAGUUUUGGAUGAUGUGAGGCUUGCUCUUAUUGUUCUAGCAGCUGUUAUGCUCUUUUUGGCAUUUCUUGGAUUUUUGUUCUCCAUCCUUGGAAUGCAAUGUCUUGUGUAUUUCUUGGUUAUCAUUGGCUGGAUCCUCGUAGCUGGCACAUUCAUAUUGUGCGGUGUUUUUCUUCUCCUCCAUAAUGUGGUCGCAGACACGUGUGUAGCGAUGGAUGAAUGGGUGCAGAAUCCCACUGCUCAUACUGCUUUAGAUGAUAUCCUGCCAUGCGUGGAUAAUGCAACUGCCCAAGAAACCUUGUUGCGAAGCAAGGAUGUGACUUUCCAAAUUGUCAACAUGGUUAAUUCUGCUAUAAGCAAUGUCUCCAAUGCUAACGUCCCUCCAAAUGUUGGGCCUCCUUUAUAUUUCAAUCAGUCAGGUCCUCUGAUGCCUAUUCUGUGCAAUCCGUUUAAUUCUGGCCUGACUAAUAGGCAAUGUGCAGCUGGUGAAGUGGAAAUGAACAAUGCUACAGAGGUGUGGAAGAAUUAUAUCUGUCAGGCUUCGGCAUCCGGAAUAUGUACAACGCCUGGACGGGUGACUCACGACAUCUACGGCCAGAUAGCUGCUGCAGUAAAUGUUAGCUAUGGUCUGUAUCACUACGGCCCAUUCCUAGUUUCUCUGCAAGACUGCACUUUUGUGAGAGAAACAUUCACUGAUAUCAGCGGAGAAUAUUGUCCUGGUCUGCGGCGGUACAGUCAGUGGAUCUAUGUUGGUUUGGUUAUGGUCUCUGCUGCUGUGAUGCUUUCACUGAUCUUCUGGGUAAUCUACGCACGAGAGCGACGACACCGCGUUUACACCAAAAGGUUAACAGGGGGACACUCGGGAGGGCAUUUUGACAAGGCUCCCUAGAGGGUUUCAACCUUCAAUUUUAAUUUACUCGGCUUCAUUGAGCAUCCUUUUUUUCACUUAUUUUCUUUACAUGUACAUUUGAGUUAAUAUUAUCGUUGUAUCCUGUGCAUUAUGCGAGGUUUGUUAUUCCCAGAGUACGGUGAAUUAGGGUUGUUUAUGGUCUAGUAUCGUUUCAUUCUACUAAAUAUUUUGAUGUUUGGAGAGCCCCUUGAUUAUGAGAUUGGCUUCUUAUGCCUUUUU